GGCGACAUCACGCUCGAAAAUCUCGGAAUGUCGGCAGACGAUCUCGAAAUCGUCUGCCGCGAAACGACUGAUGUUUUUCAUCUGGCGGCGGUUUACGAUCUCGCAGUGGAAAAGGAUUUGGCAUUUCGCGUCAAUGUCGAAGGGACGCGAAACGUCAACGAACUCGUCAAAAAAAUG